UGUGUUUGUGUCAUCAUGAAAAUACGCCUCUACAGUGAAAGUUUGUCAAUAUCAUCAUCAUCAUCACCUUGGUGUGACUCCUCAGAGCUUCUUUUUUCUCACCUAAACACACCUGAACUCCAAUAAGGACUGAAAUCGGAAGUUUCACAAUGAAGAGAAGACAGAAGCGCGUGCUGCAGAUGGCAUUUUUAUUCAUGCUGGCCCUUAUUUUUUUGCCCAACGUGGGUUUGUGGUCCCUGUACAAGGAGAAACACCUGAUGAAGGCACACGAAGGAGAGCAGGGAUUUGCUCUUGGAUUGAGUGAUGGACAUGUUUACAGCUGGACGGACGGCUUGAGGAGGAGAGACUGGCAUGACAAUGAGAGCAUCAGGAGAGACGAGAUGCGUGUCGGUAAAGGGGAGCAGGGGAAGCCGUACCCACUUGCAGAGGAUGAGUGUGAUGACACAGUGUACAAGGAGAAUGGCUUUAACAUCUACGUGAGCAACAACAUCGCACUGGAUCGCUCGCUGCCCGACAUCAGACACCCCAACUGUAAGCAGAAGCUGUACUUGGAGAAUCUUCCCAACACCAGCAUCAUCAUCCCGUUCCAUAACGAGGGCUGGAGUUCUCUUCUCCGCACCAUUCACAGCAUUGUAAACCGGACCCCAGAUCACCUGAUCGCCGAGAUCGUUCUGGUGGACGACUACAGCGACCGAGAGCACCUGGGUAUUCGUCUGGAGGAGUACAUGUCCAGAUUUCCGAAAGUGCGCAUCGUGCGCACUAAGAAGCGCGAGGGUCUGAUACGCACCCGCCUCCUGGGAGCGUCCGUAGCCAAAGGGGAAGUCCUCACCUUCUUAGACUCGCACUGCGAAACCAACAUCAACUGGCUGCCUCCUCUGCUCGACCAGAUCGCACAGAACCCCAAGACCAUCGUGUGUCCCAUGAUUGACGUCAUCGACCACAACCACUUCGGAUACGAGGCUCAAGCUGGGGAUGCUAUGCGAGGCGCUUUUGACUGGGAGAUGUACUACAAACGCAUUCCCAUCCCUUCUGAGCUCCAAGGAACUGACCCCAGCGACCCUUACGAGUCUCCAGUGAUGGCCGGAGGUCUGUUUGCUGUGAACCGUCAGUGGUUCUGGGAGCUGGGAGGCUACGAUACGGGCCUGGAGAUCUGGGGAGGAGAGCAGUACGAGAUUUCUUUCAAGGUAUGGAUGUGUGGAGGCAGUAUGUAUGACGUGCCCUGCUCCAGAGUGGGCCACAUCUACAGGAAGUACGUGCCUUACAAAGUGCCCUCAGGAACGAGCCUGGCCCGGAAUCUGAAGCGAGUGGCAGAGACAUGGAUGGAUGAGUACACCGAGUACAUCUACCAGCGGCGGCCAGAGUACCGCCACCUCUCCACAGGAGACCUGACUGCUCAGAAGGAACUGCGCAAGCACCUCAAGUGUAAAGACUUCAAAUGGUACAUGAACACGGUGGCGUGGGACCUGCCCAAAUACUACCCUCCUGUAGAGCCCUUACCCGCUGCCUGGGGAGAGAUCCGCAGCGCAGCGUCAGGGUUGUGUAUUGACACCAAACACGGCUCGACGGGAGCAGAGCUCCGUUUAGACAGCUGCCUGAAGGAGGGAGCCGAGAGAACCUGGGCGCACGAACAGAUCUUCACCUUCGGCUGGAGGGAGGACAUCAGGCCCGGGGACCCGCUGCACACCAGGAAGUUGUGUUUUGACUCCAUCUCUCAAAACAGCCCUGUGACUCUGUACGACUGCCACGGCAUGAAGGGCAACCAGCACUGGAGCUACCGCAGGGAUAAGUCUCUUUACCACCCAGUGAGCAGCGGUUGCAUGGACUGCAGCCCGGCUGAUAAGCGGAUUUUCAUGAACAAGUGCAAUCCCGCGUCUGCGACACAGCAGUGGCUCUUCCAGAGAGUCAACAUCACCAUUCUGGACAAAAUCAACAGCGCCACCACUUCCUAGGACAUUUGGAAAAGCAGCCAGCCAGUGGACCGGCUCCCAGAAUCCUUAGCGAGGGGGGGUAGAUUUACCCCCCUCCUCCCAAAAGCCCACACAAGUGCAGGAGCAGGCGAGGGAGGGGGCGGCGAGCGAGCCAGGGAAUUGGGAUUGGGCCGAACCUGGAAGACUGAUGCGACACUCAGAUGGCUUGCAGGUCAAGGAGAACCUGUUCACAGCCAACCUCUCUCAAAAUCUCUCUCUCUCUCGUUGUUUUUCAUUUCAACUUGGCCCCGGUCACACUGAACUACAGUGCUCCGUUUAAAUAUCGUUCCUCCUCGCUCUAUCGAUACGGCAUGGUGGAUUUGUACUAUACUGGAGACCAGAAGUGACGUUUCAGCAUAACUACGUGGUUCCGAGGAGCUUUGUUCGAACUGUAUAUUUAUUUCUAUUUAUUUGGUCGUAUUUUUUGCAAGGAUAAAUUAUUAUGUGUGUAAUUGACUUUUGUUUUACCUCUGACAAGGGUAUGGCUAGAAAUCAGAUUUGCCCCAAGGAGAUGGAGACGGGAUUAAAUGUAUUUCCUUUUUUUUUUUUUCCACAGAGAAUCAUACCCUUCCUGCCCCAGUUCCUACCGUCUAAAUUCUAAAUAAAGCAAAAAAAAGAAAUAAAGGUGAAAACGUG